AUGGGCCUCCCAACCCAAACUCCUAUCGCAUUUGAUGCCACAGAAAGUUCACUUAUAGAGGCUGCGAAGAAUCACAUCGCGACUACCAAGGCUCUGUGGGAUCAGGUUGUGUCGUCCGUAGACCCGAAGAGCGCCAAUUGGGAGAACGUUAUUGUUCCCAUCAUCGAGGAUGAAAAUAAGAGGGUGUCCGCGACCCGUUACCUGGGCUUCUACAAGUCUACGUCACCUGACGCGAGUCUCCGGGCGGCAUCGAACACCGCGUCAGGGCUCCUGGACGAUGCUGAAGUGGAACUCUACGGACGGACAGACAUGUUCGCGCUGAUAGAUGCUGUCAGGGACCAUAUUGCCGCCGGAGCGGCAGUUCAAGACCCGGAGCCGCGGUAUUAUCUGGAAAAGAUGCACCGGAAAUUCAUACACAGCGGCUGUGGUAUCAACGAUGCCGGCGAAAAAGCCGUAUUCAUGCAGUACCAGCGACGCAUCAGGGAGAUUGAGCGCCAGUGCAACAAGAAUCACCAUGACGAAAGCACCAGAGUCUGCUUCAGUCGAGACGAAUUGGCCGGCGUUCCCGAGUCCUUCUUGAAGCAAUUGACCACGGACGAGCAAGGUAUCUGGGUAUCUACCAAGGUCGCCCAGAGCGGCAAGAUCCUCAGCAACGCGCGCAAGGGGGAAACCCGCAAGAAGAUGUUCUACUCCAUACAGAACAAGAUGCCGGACAACAUCGCCCUCUUCCGGGAGCUCAUCCUGUUGCGCGACAAGGCCGCGAGGCUCCUCGGGUACCCGAACCACGCAGCCAUGCGGAUCGGCGACAAGAUGAUGCGGAGCCCGGAGGCCGUGACCAGCAUGCUGCAGGACCUCGAGGCGCGCCUGGUCCCGGAGGGCGCCAGGGACGUCGCGAGGCUGCUGGAGAUCAAGCAGGCGGAAGCGACCGCAGCAGGCAACUUGGGAGGAUCGAACCAGACGGAGCGUGUGUUUCUAUGGGACGUUUCGUAUCUCGCUCAGCUGCAAGAUCAGCGAGAAAAGGCAGCAGCCGUCCAAGUCGCAGAUUACUUCGAGCUGCAUCAUACCCUAGACAGGCUCCUCGGCAUCUUCCAGCACCUCUUUGGCGUCCAGUUCAAGAAGGUCACGGCCGAGGAACAACAAGAGCUCAGCGGUGGGAAGCCUCUUGUCUGGGACGAUGAUGUGCUCAUGUAUUCUGUGUGGGACACUCGGGAGCAAGUCACUGGCAGCACUUUCAUGGGCUAUGCAUAUCUGGACCUGCACCCGCGACAGGGCAAGUACACGCACAGCGGCCACUAUUCUCUGCAGCCAGUGACUAACCGCCUGACCAAGAACUACGACAAGCCUGACGGCUCCCAUAACAAGGCCUCCUCAGUUCUGGUGAUGAACUACAUGAAGACGGCCGGCCGGCCGACUCUGCUCGGGCUUGGAGACGUGCGGAAGCUCUUUCACGAGAUCGGCCACCUCGUGCACGCGCUUUGUACCAGGACCAAGUACGCGGCGUCGCAGCAGGUCGACAGGGACUUUGUCGAGGCCCCGGCCUUGAUGUUCGAGCAGUUCUUCUGGCAGGCCCAGCUCAUCCAGGACGUCUCCCACCACUACGCGUGGCUGUCGCCCGAGUACGAGAUGAUAUGGCGGGAGACUCUUCCCGAUGCCGAAAGGGCAUCCUCGGCCCUGCCGCCGCAGAGGAUGCCGGAGGGCGUGGCAGUCUCUAUUGCCAGCUCGGAUGUGAAACGGAGGGCUCUGCGGGAGGAGCUGAACAGCUUGUUCUUCGCUAAGUACGACUUGAUGAUUCACUCGCCAGAGAGCCACGAAGCGUUGGAAAAGAUGAACCUCACUGCGGCAUAUAACAAGAUGAAGUCUGAGAUUCGCAGCCUGGCAGGUGGGGAGGCCUUGGGCGAGGGCCUGGAAUGGGGACACGGUGAGACGGUUUUCCGAGCUGUGAUCAACAAGUACGAUGCUGGAUACUACUCAUACGUCCUUGGAUCUAUUCUUGCAUCUGAGAUUUUCGCAUCAUCCUUCGCAUCAGACCCGAUGAGCCCGAGCACGGGGAGUCGCUAUCGCGAGGAGGUACUGAGGUGGGGAGGCUCGAAGCCGGAGCUCGAGAUAAUCACCGAUUACCUAGGUCGGCCGCCGAACACGGGGGCGUUCCUGAGGCACCUUGGCCUGGAGCUCUAG